CAUUCACGUGGGUUUGCCUGGAAAAUACUUUCAUGUAUCUAAGUAUAUCACUUAAUCAUGCUUUGAACUUGUAUGCACAAUUUAUAUGUUAUCCUGUAAACAUGUUGUACCUUUUCACCAAAAAAAAAAAAACUUGUUUGGUGCUUGUGAUCUUCUGUAAAUCAAAUCCGGUUGUUUCCAAAACUACCAAAAGAGUUCCUUGUUAGAGUAGGCCGGUGUCGUCAGCUGUCACCUCUUCUGUCUUUUGCAUGUGUGAAGAGUUUCCUCGUCUUCGAACGGUGAAGUUUCUCUAGCUGUAGCUCAAAGCUGCUCUGAUGCAAUACUAUUCAAUAGUAGGUACCCAGCCUGUGAGAGUGAAUGAUGAAGGCAAUCAUGUUGCGUGUUUUUCCCCCUCGAGGGUGAAAAUCAGCAGAAGAGCUCUGGUUAUUUAUUUUGAUACAUCUCGCUGAAUGCAAUAUGGCGCAAACGUUGGUUUGUGUCUGAGACGGGGAGUCGUGUCGGUCUCCCUCUCUGUGAUUAUUGCACUCGACCGUGGAAAUUUAUUUCCAUAAAUGACUGUUAUAAAUAAACUGCUAUGAAGAAGAAGAAGAAAAGGUCGUUGUUGUCUUUAUUUUUGAAUUACAGUACACACAAAAUACAACCACCUGGUUAGAAAAAGAACCUGGUUCAGCUUUAAAUACUUGUUCUGGUCACCACGAUCACAGAACAAGAUGGUUCGGCUUAAUGUGGAAAAUAACUAAAUACUAAAUCCUUUAAAUUGAUGCUCCUCACAUGUGCAGAACCUGCCUGAGAAACAUCAUGUUUUAAAGUUUUCUUCAGUGUCACAGUGAUCCAGUGACAGUUCUAACUGUUCUAACAGUUCACUGCUAACAGGAAGUGCUAACAGCUAAUUCGGCAAAGUUUAAAUGUAGUUUCAGAGAAUUUUAUUACAUUUUUUUGGUUGUUCUUCCCUUUUUAAACAAGUCUGCAGCUGAUUCAGUUGUUCAGCAGAACGCUGCACCUCUGUUUGACUGUGAAGCUCCAGAAAUGUUCUGUGGACGACAACUUUAUAUCAUCAGGAGGAGGAGAGGAGGACUAGAUUUUCAUUUUGGGGUGAUAUAUUUCAAGUAAAUAUCAUUAUUUCUAAAAUUGUCAGUGUUUUUUACCAUAUUUUCAACUCAUUUGAUGGGUAUCUACAUGACAGUAAAGGCAGAGUUAGGGUUAUAUAAAAUGAUAUAACAUGGACAGAAUUGAAUUAAAAAAGUCCCAAAGAAGAUCAGAAAAACUCAAAAUAUGGUAAUAAUCACUAGUUUGGGUUAACUGUCCUGCUGAUCAGUUGUUCUGUGCUGCUUUUGUUACAUCUUGAAUAUGAAAAGGGGUAAAAGGUUGAGAACAGCGACAGAGUCCGUCCACUCUUCUGUCUGACUGGCGGCUUCAUAAACUCAAAAUACCUUGUUAAAGGAAACAAAACUCCAGGUGUGAUCUCUACUCAGCCCUGCAGGUCGCCAGUAAGUGUUUCUUUAAUCCCACUUUGUGACCCCCUGUGGUGAAGGAGAGUCGGGACAGAGAGGAGAAUCGGCUCAGGCUUAUAAAAACCCUGGAAAACCAGCAAGCAGCAGGAUUCACAGAGGGACCGCAGGCGAGAAAACACCUGAAACAAACAGAAUGGCUCCACAGACCUCAAACCUCUGGAUGCUGCUGCUGCUGGUGGUGAUGAUGAUGAUGAUGUCACGGGGCUGCUGUCAGCACUGGUCCUAUGGACUGAGUCCAGGAGGGAAGAGAGACCUGGGCAGCCUGUCGGACACGCUGGGCAACAUUAUCGAGCGUUUUCCUCACGUCGACUCUCCCUGCAGCGUCCUGGGCUGCGCUGAGGAGCCACAUUUCCCCAAAAUGUACAGAAUGAAAGGAUUCAUUGGCAGCGACCGGGACAACGGACACAGAACGUACAAGAAAUGAUGAUUAUCUGAUUCUACAAUAAAUGAUUAUAUUAG